AUGGUCCAAAAGCAACAAACAAGUCAAGCAAAGACUGGGCCCAAUGUGCUCAAUUGUAAUCAGACUGUGCCUUCAAAAUGUCAUUUGAAUAAACCAAUAAGAAAACAGCCUAGCCAAGGAAAACCUAAUGCAAAAGUAAUCAUAAGACAGGGAAACAAAAAGCCAGAGUAUCUACCUUCUCAUUGGAGACCUCACCAACCAAGACCUCUGCAUCACUAUCCUGGCCAACCAAAACCUGAACCAAAGGUGCCUUUGCUCAGUCAUCCUGCUGUACAAAACCAGUAUUUUAGUCCCUAUCCACAUAAACCUACCAAGCGCCCUGGCUCAAAGAAACAAGGUCCAAGGCGACCUCGUCCACACAGACCUUCUCAAAAACCAACAUUGAAACCUAAACCUGGCUCUCAUCAUCAUUUUCCAGGGGUAUGUCCUCCCCUACAACCUGGAAAGUUGCCAUUAAAUCUUAAUCCAGCAGCCUCUAAGCCUCUAUCUUCAGGACCAUCUUUGCUGAUCACCAAAGCUUCCACGACUGUUCAACCUGCAUCAUAUACCAGAAAUCCCAUCAAAAGCUCUAUGCUUUCUAGCACUAAAUCUUGCCCAGAUUCCAGCUCCAUGGUUACAAAAUCCACUGCUUCUAACAAAUCCAUGAUUAAUACCCCCAAAUCCUCCAUUACUCCUACCACCAAAUCCUCUAUCACUAAUAAACCUGCCACAAUUAUUACUACAUCCUCUACCACAAAAAAACUUGUGACAUCCACCACCAAGUCCUCCACAAGUUUGUAUCCUACCACCUUCACCACUAACAAAUCUACAAUUAUCAAGCCUUUGCCUUCUACCUAUAAAUCUAGUACCACCAACCCCACCACUUCUCCCAAAUCCACCAAUUCUAAGACUGUUACCUUUACAACCAAAUUCACCACAAAGAUGAAAACUCCUACUACAAAACUGACUACCUUUACCAAGGCUCAGACAACCAGCACUGAACUUUCAAACAGUAGCAAUACCACAGCUGAUGCCAACUCAUCUGAGACUGUAUCUCUCAACCAAGCUGAAAUCACUAGUUUCUCUGUCACCAAUCCACCUAUUACAAACUCUGCUCCAACUACCAAAUCUGUGAUGAAAACUACUAAAUCUCUCACUACCUCCAAAGAUGCUGAAGCUACCACUACAACUCCUGUUUCUAAUUUAUCAACAACUGUCUCAAAAACUACAUUUCCUGUCACCAAAAAUUCAGCUUCUCAGUCUAUAUCUCCCACCACUGCACCCACUACUACCACUGCAUCAACUGUCAAUACAGCCGUGCUAUCAUCAGCCACUACUACAGUUCUGGUAGGAAGCACCUUAAGAGCUGCUGAUACUACAAAGUUGCCAACCACCACCAAGGCUUCUCUCUCUACAGCACCAAGAACCAUAGUUGCCUCUACCACAUCUGCUCCCGAAGUUACUUCAAGCUCCUUUAUCACAGAAGUUUUCCCCACCUUAGUGGAUCUCUCUACCACAUCUGAUGCUUCAAUCACUCCCACUUCCUCUACCAUUUUUCCUUCAAUUUCUUCUACCUCCAUCACUGAAACUUUUCUCUCUACUGUGUCUGCUCAUAGCAGUACUACACCUACUGCUGUGACCAAUUCAACACCUUCUACCACAGCAUGGGCUUUCGCUACCACAUCUGCUGCUACAACACCUACGUCCACAUUUGCGCUGACAGCCAGCUCUACACCUAUCACUUCAGAGGCUGAUAAUAAUAUGAACCCAGCCACUGCAAUUGCAGCUGUGCCCAAAACUGCUCCUACUUCUACAACCACAGAAGUAGCCACUACCACAGAUAGUUGGUCCACAACAUCAGCUGUCCUUCAUACAACAGCAUCCACAAUGACCAUCCCUGAAACAACCACAAAUUUUAUUUCCACCACUACCACUGUCCCCGCUGUACCUUACUUGACUACAGGACCAGAUACCACAGCUUCAUUCACUGAUUCAUUGGCCACAACUCUGGCCUCUACAGAUGGCACAUCAACAUCUUACUCAAGCAGAAUUGUUGACACUCCACUUUAUUAUGAACCCAACACUACUGAUUUCACCUCUAUGGCCUUCUAUACAUCACCUGAGACCACAAGCACUUCUGCCUUUUCUAGCAGCACACAGUCAACCACAUCCACAGAUGUACCUGCUGCCACCACAACUGUUUCUACUACUCUCUCUACAACUUCCUCUCCUUCUAUUAUCACAGACACUGGCCCCACCACAGCUUCCACCCUUCCAGCACCUACUCCUCCAAACACUACUCAUGCUGCCCCCUCCACAACUGAGGUUUCCACCACAACUGUUGCUAUUGCUGUCUCUACUAACCCAUCUGCUUUGUCUACCUCUUCUAAAGCAGCUACACCCACAAGUAUCACCUCUGCUGCCACUAACAUACCUGUCAUGACCACAGUAGUCUCCACCACAGCUGCUUCCAUGGCCACUUCCCCCUUUGUUGCUCCUGGCACCACACAAGCUACCACAAUAAUGGAUUCCCAUUCUAGCACCGCACAGGUAGCCACAGAUACAGCUGUCCUCUCUGUCUCACCCAGUGAAGUCAGUCACACCACCGCUGCUACCACGACCGUUGCUGCUCUCUCCACCACUCCUUUGGCUGAUGCUGUCAGCUCUCCAGCCACCACUCCUGCUGCUUUCACUCCUACUGCCACCACCAUCUUACCAGCUUCUUCCACAUCUUCCAGCACUUCACCACCUUCUGUCACAACAUAUCCUGAGCACACCUCACCAUCAACCACUGUGACCACCCCUGAAAUCACCACAAAUUCUAUUUUUCCUACUAUACCUGACUCAUCUGCUCUUUUUCCUACUAUGAUGGAUGAUACUACAGCUUCAUCUACUGAUGCCAUACCAAGUACAGAGGUCAUCACAGAAGACUUGACAACCUUUGAGUCUACCACAUUUGAUGACACUACUUUUGAGUAUGAUAUUGAAACUACAACUCCUGACACUGUCACUACUCUUACUACCACCACCUCUUCAGCUCUUUCUGUCACCACAGAGCCCACCACCACCACUGAAAGGCCCCUCAGCUCACCUGCUGCCACAACCAUUUCUCCUCAUUCCUCUGCUAAACAGUCUGUCACUACUGGUUCUCUAACCACCACUGCUGCUCAUACCACACCUGCUCCUACAACCAUGACAUCUGUGACCACACCAUUAGCUGAGACCACUAUUAAACCUGUUUCUUUCACCACACCUGGAGCGUCUAUAGCAUCAUCCAAAAGUACCACAUCUGUGGCCACCAACACCCCUACCACGACCACAGAAGUUUCAACCACAGUUAAUUCCAAUGUAACAUCUGAUACAACCACAUCUGCUCCUUUCAUGACCUCAGCUAACAUCUCUAACUCCUUUGCUGCAUUCAACACCUCACCCCUUGAAACAAUCACUUUUGCUUUCUCCACCACAGUUGGGAUCUUAACUUCUUCUUCUCCUGCUAUCAAUGCCACAUUUUCCACAACGAGAACUUCUGCUCACUCUUUCAACACUCAAGAUGACACCACUACCUCUACUGAAACAACCACUAUCUCUACUGCUCUUCCCACAACCUCCUCCACAACAACCACUAGUCAGCCCAUCACCACCACAGAACAGGUCUUCUCAUCUACUACCACACCUGCUGCCACAAGUAUUUUUGUCCCUACCACUUCCUUACUGAGUCCCACUAAAAAAGUUCUUCCCUCAAGUUCAUCCAUUGCAGUCACAAGCACAGCCCCUGCCACUAUGACAAUUUCUUCUUCCUCAGCCAUUGCUCAGGCUGACACCACUCUCUCUGCUACCACCAUCCCUUUUUCUACUGCUCUUCCCACAGCCUCCUCCACAUCUUCCACCUCUGUGCCUGCCAUCACCACAGCUGCGGUCUCUUCCUCAUCUGCUGCCACCUCAGCUGCCACAAGAAUGACUGCCCCUUCCAGUACCUCACAAAGUGCCCCUACCAUGACUCUUCCCUCAAGUUCAUCCGCUGCAGUCAUCAGCACAGCCCCUCCCACUACAACCAUUUCUUCUUCCCCAACCACCAUGCAGUCUGUCUCAGCCACUACUUCUUCUCCUACUACCACACCUACUAACACAACUACCACUGUCAACAUGAAAGCUGCCACCUCCACAGCUGAGGUGUUUUCUGAAUCAGCUACCACCAUCAUCAUACCUGCUGUGACAAACACAUCUGCCUCUUCCAGUAUCACACCACCAGCCACAACCACAGCUGUCCCUCCCACCACAACCAUUUUUUCUUCACCAACCACCAUGCAGUCUGCCUCAGCCACCACAUCUACUACUACCACCACACCUACUGACACAACUGCCAUUAUCAACACAAAGGUUGCCACCUUCACAGCUGAGGUGUUUUCCUCAUCAGCUACCAACAUAACCACACCUGUUGUGAUGAACACAUCUGUCUCUUCCAGUACCACACCACCAGCCACUAACACAGCUGUCCUAUCUAUUUCAUCUGCUGCAAUUCCCAGCAUUACACCUGCCACUAUGACCAUUUCUUCUUCUUCAACUGCCUUUCAUAUUGACACCAUCCUCCCUGCUACCAGAACACCUUUUUCUCCUGCUCUUCCCACAACUUCCUCCACAACUACCACUACUCAGCCUGUCACUGCCAUAGCUCAGAUCUCUUCAUCUGCAGCCACACCUGCUGCCACAAGUACCUCAGCCUCUUCUGGCUCCUCACAGAGUGCCAGUACCACACCUCUUCUAUCAAGUUCAUCUGCUGCUGUCACCAGCACAGUCCCUGCCACUAUGACCAUUUCUUCUUCCCCAGCCACUGCUCAGGCUGACACCACUCUCUCUGCUACCAACAUCUCCUUCUCUACUGCUCUUCCCACAGCCUCCUCCACAUCUACCACCUCUGGGUCUGUCAUCACCACAGCUGUUGUCUCCACCUCAUCUGCUCCCACAUCUGCUACCAAAAGAACUACUGCCCCUUCCAGCAUCUCACAGAGUGCCACUACCAUGACUCUUCCUUCAAAUUCAUCUACUGCAGUCACCAUCAUCUCACCUGCUACAAGUACAUCCGCCUCUUCCAGUACCACACCACCAGCCACAAACACAGCUGUACCUUCUGCCACAACUAUUUCUUCUUCCCCAACCACUGUGCAGUCUGCCUCAACCACCACCUCUACUUCUACCACCACACCUACUUAUACAACUACCAUUGUCAAUACAAAGGCUCCCACCUCCACAGCUGAGGUGUUUUCCUCAUCAGCUGCCACCAUUACCAUACCUGCUGUGAUGAACACAUCUGUCUCUUCCAGUACCACACCACCAGCCAUGAACACAGCUGUCCUGUCUAUUUCAUCUGCUACAAGUCCCAACACCACACCAGCCACUAUGACUAUUUCUUCUUCUUCAACCACCACUCAGGCUGGCACCACCCUCCCUGCUACCACAACAUCUUUUUUUACUGCUCUUACCACAACCUCCUGCACAACUACCACCACCCAGCCUGUCACCUCCACAGCUCAGAUCUCUUCGUCUGCAGCCACACCUGCUGCCACAAGUACCUCAGCCCCUUCCAGCUCCUCACAGAGUGCCACUACCACACUUCUUCUGUCAAGCUCAACUGCUGCAAUCACCAGUACAGCCUCUGUCACUACAACCAUUUCUUCCUCAGCCAGUGCUCAGGCUGACACCACUCCCUCUGCUACCAUCAUCCCCUUCUCAACUGCUCCUUCCACAGCCUCAUCCACAUCUACCACCUCUGGGCCUGUCAUCACCACAGCUGUGAGCUCCUCCUCAUCUGCUGUCACAUCUGCUGCCGCAAGUACCACUCCUCCUUCUUGCACCUCACAGAGUGCCACUACCACGACUCUUCCCUCAGGUUCAUCUACUGCAGUCACCAUCUCCUCACCUGCUACAACAAGUACGUUGGCCUCUUCCAGUACCACACUACCAAUCACAAACACAGCUGUACCUUCUGCCACAACCAUUUCUUCUUCCUCAACCACCAUGCAGUCUGCCUCAACCACCACAUCUGCUCCUACCACCACACCUACUUAUACAACUACCACUGUCAACACAAAGGUUGCCACCUCCACAGCUGAGGUGUUUUCCUCAUCAGCUAGAACCAUUACCACACCUGCUGUGAUGAGUAUAUCUGCUUCUUCCAGGACCACACCACCAGCCACAAACACAACUUUGCUAUCUAUUUCAUCUGCUGCAAGUCCCAGCAUCACAUCUGCCACUACCACCAUUUCUUCUUUCUCAGACAAUGCUCAGGCUGACACCACCCUCUCUGCUACCACCAUACCCUUCUCUACUGCUCUUCCUACAACCUCCUCCACAACUACCACCACUCAGCCUGUCACUUCCACAGCUCAGGUCUUCUCAUCUGCAGCCACACCUACUGCCACAAGUACUUCAGCCCCUUCCAUCUCCUCACAGAGAGCCACUAACACAGCUCUUCUGUCAAGUUCAUCCACUGCAGUCACCUGCACAGCCCCUGCCACUAUGAACAUAUCUUCUUCAACCACUGCUCAGCCUGACACCACCACCUCUGCUACCGCCAUAUCUGUCCCUUCUGCUCUUGCCAUGGCUUCAUCCACAUCUACCACCACUGUGCCUGUCAUCACCACAGCUGUGGUCUCUUCCACAACAGCUGCCACAGGAACUACUGCCCCUUCCAGCACCUCACAGAGAGCCACUACCAUGACUCUUCCCUCAAAUUCAUCUUCUGUAGUCACCAGCACAGCCCCUUCCACCACAAUCAUUUCUUAUUCCUCAGCCAAUUCUCAGGCUGACACCACUCUCUCUGCUACCACCAUCCCAUUCUCUACUGCUUUUCCCACAGCCUCACCCACAUCUACCAGCCCUGGGUCUGUCAUCACCACAGCUGCAGUCUCCCUCUCAUCUGAUGCCACAAUUACUGCUGCCCCUUCCAGAACCUCACAAGGUGCCACUACCAUGACUCUUCCCUCAAGUUCAUCUGCUGCAGUCACUAGCACAGCCCCUACCACUCUCACCAUGAAGGCUGCUACCUCCACAGCUGAGAUGCUUUCUCCAUCAACUAUCAUCAUGGCCACACCUGCUGCAGCUAGCACAUCUGCCUCUUGCAUAACUACACCCCCGGCCACAAACACAGAUGUUCUAUCUAUUUCAUCUGCUGCAAGUCCCAGCAUCAUUCCUGCCACUACCAUCUUAUCAUCUUCCUCAACCAUACAGUCUGUUUCUACCACUUCUACCAGCACAGAUGACCCUACCACACCUACUCAAACUACCACCACUGCCAUCUCAGAGAGAGUCACUACCACAGCUGAUCUCUUUUCUACAUCAGCUGUCACUACAAUUUCUGAGACCUCUUCCACCACCAGUGGUGAAUCUUCCUCAGCAUCUGCAAACAUUACAUAUGCUGCUACUUACACUGCCAUAGCUACUACAGCCAAUUUUACUACACUUGCCUCCACAACCACUUCUGCCACUUUUAUAAGCACGCAGGCUGCUCCUACCACACCUGGUCGCACUACUACAUCUGUUAUAACCAGUCCCACACCUACAGCCACAAUGACUUCAGCUCCUUCUACCACCAUAUCUGAUGCCUCAAACACUGCUUCCAUUAGUACCUCAACAGCCCUCACUACACCUGCUACCACUGCAUCAGCUACCACAGCAGUACCCUACACCACUUUAGGUGAUGCACUCAGCACACCUGUUUUCACUGAAGAGCUGGCCUCUGACAACCCCAUGACACCCACUACCAUACAUACUUCUAACACAUUUGAUAGCACGACCUCUCUUGACACCACAAUUCCACCUAUUGACACCACAAACAAUACUGCCAUCACUACUGAUGACACUUCUCCAUUUAGCCUUAGCACAUUUUAUGACACUACACUUGCCACUAAUGAUAGCACCACUGAUAGUGACACAGCUGAGUUUAUAUCAGAAGCAUUUACAGGAAAGUACAACUGA